ACUAUGAACGUGGCAGGAAAAAAAGGAUUUGGAGGUUAAGAUUUUCGGUAGAUUUUUUGCUUUUAAUUUUUCAUGGAGACUGUAAAAGCUGUGGCAUUAAGAUGCUGUGUCCAAACAUAUGCUUGGGGAAGACGAGGCUCCCUGAGUACUGUGGCCAGGUUAGCGCAAAACAACACUGAAUUUCAACUCGAUGAAGAGACUCCCUAUGCCGAGUAUUGGAUGGGAACGCACAAGAAAGGACCUUCCGUGAUUAGUAACGGCAAUAACGAGGUUCAAAUAACUUUAGAAGCAUGGAUCAGAGACCAGCCAGCCUGUGCAUUGGGCGAAGAAGUUUUGAAGAAUUUUGGUGGCUCUUUACCAUUUUUGUUUAAAGUGCUUUCAGUCAAUAAAGGUCUUUCGAUACAGGCUCAUCCUACCAAAGAGUUAGCUGCUCAACUUCAUCGUGAAAAACCCGAAAACUAUCCCGAUGACAAUCACAAACCAGAGAUGGCCAUCGCUCUUACAGACUUCGAAGGACUGUGUGGCUUUCGGCCUUACGAUGAAGUCGCCAAGUACUUGGAUACCAUGCCAGAAUUGCGAACUGUUGUUGGCAUUGAAGAAAGUUCUUUGUUUGUCGAAGCCUGUAAAGGUAACAAAGAUGAGCAAGUUAGGGAGUCACGUUUCAAGAAAUGCUUUAGAUCCCUUAUGACAAGAGACACAAACGUUGUUAAGGAAUCGUUGUCAGCUCUGGUUAACCGAAUGAGUAAACUGAACGAUAGUUCGUAUGCAGAUUUAAAGGAAUUGCUGCUACGGUUAAAUUCACAAUUUCCAGGGGACGUCGGUUGCUUUUGCAUAUUCUUUAUGAAUCAUAUAAUUUUGAAGCCCGGACAAGCGAUGUUUCUGGCACCUAACCUACCACAUGCUUACCUUGAUGGAGACUGCAUUGAAUGUAUGGCUUGCAGCGAUAACACAAUACGAGCUGGUCUGACACCAAAGUUCCGUGACGUAGAAACGCUUUGUGACAUGCUUGAUUACACAGCUGGCUCCAGGGAAGACAACAUGUUCAAAUGCGAGCGAGAUCCGACUUGUCUAUUCUCGGAAAUAUAUGAUCCCCCUGUGCCCGAUUUUGCUGUUCGAAAAAUACUAGUUCCUUGUGAAAAGAUCAGUUAUACGCUGAAGGCGCUGAACGGUCCGAGCAUUAUCAUUAUCAUCGAAGGGAAAGGACAUUUUGAAUCGUCUGAUUCUAACAAGCAGAUUGUUAUUUCUCCUGGUACUACCGUCUUCUGCUCUGCCAGGCACGUGUUGAAUAUCGAAAAGGACAACACUGAACUGCUGAUGUUCCAAGCUUACUGUGAGUUAAGUUCUGUGUGAUGCUUUUAAUUGAUUAGAAAAUUUGUGAGCAAAGACGAUUAACAUUAGUUUAGACUAUUUUUAAUCCUUGGCCAAUUUUUACCAAAUUAAUUAGAUAGGUGUUUAUAAAACAUGUUUUUAAAAUAGACGCCGUGCUCUCUCGUCGGCCCCACGACAUCAAUUUAAUGCUAUUCCAAUAUGAAUGGCUUCCUGCUCUGUCUUCUGGCCAGUGUAUUAUUUAUUGCAUAUUUUUGAAAAAAUUAAGGACGAGCCUUCUGGUAGUGGGCCUUCUAGUCCUCUGAUCAUUUGGGGACUUUGAUAGGCUUUGUGGGGCCGUCCGACAUAGCAGUCGUCUUCAAAUUCAAAUAUUUGUAGUACAUUAACCAGAGUUAACCAGUUUCGGUAUUUCUAAGUGCUUUCAUAUAAUUAAUCAAAAAUUUUGACCACUGAUUCAGUCUAUGUAUCUCAUGGAUGAUCUAGAUGAAUUAUGAUAAUUGAAUUGAUAACUCCAAAGUUAUUUGACUUAGAAAGUAUUAUACCAUGUCACACUACCUUCACUGCUAACCUAGCAUUGGAGAUAUUUACUACAAAACAAAAGUUUGAAUUUCAA